CAAUGAAUACCAAACAUUCCGAACCAUUUUAUAUAUCGUCCAAUUUGUUCGACAAUCGGCGCCUCAAGCGCCGCCUCUGCAAAUGGAUGGAGCGUCUGCGUGAACGCCAAAAACUCUAUAUGUCCAAUAUGCGUUCUCAUACGCAUUCACACACCCACACACACAUGCAUACGCAUACGCACACGCACACGCCGGCCUCUAAGACUGAACGUGGCAAGCAGCGACGUUGUCAUCUGAUGUUAUCGCGACGUCAUGUAGCCGCUACACUACCUGCUGACAUUACCAUCGAUCUGCUAUCGGACGAUGACGAAGACGAAGAGCAGACUCAGCCAGUGGUCGUUGAAGCGGCGGCUCCCGGAUAUGCUAUGGCCAGCGGCCUCUUGCUCCACCACCACAGAGCUGCCGGUGUCGCUGUCGGUGUUGGUGUUGGUGUUGGUGGUACUGCUAGCUUGCAACUAUCCACGGUUCCGAAUAUCACACUUGUACCCGUUGAGUUGGCGCCGGCGCACAGCUCGACCUCGACCUCAACCAUGCUGCUGAUGCCAGCCAGCUCCACCAGAGCGAUCAGUGGUCGCAAAAAAGCUGGCAAUACGAGCAAACGGUACGGAGACGUGACGUCAACAACAACAGCAACCUUUUCCGACAGUAUAGUGCUGACCAGUGACGACGAAGAUGGCAGAAAUGAUUUCAGCAGGCGUCACAUAAUGCGCUCACCACCGCCGCUGGCACCGCUGACAUUUAACGAUACUAUUGAGGAAGUAACUGUGUCCUUGGUGCCACGAAAUUCUACAAUUGCCAACUGCCAAGCUAGGCAAAGACGUCGACAGCCUCGCGACUCGUCGUUCCACACUGGCAACUCUCACGCUCACGCCCAAGCCCAGGCUCAGGCACACGCUCACUCUCAGAAUUGCAACGCUCCAACAACCACAUUGCCAAACAGCUUCGAUGGAUACUUGAAUGUCGAUGUGGCCAGCGAUGUGACGGCCACGCUGCCGGAUGAAACAACCGUGCACACGGUCAUUGCGAAUCGCAUCUACGAGCUGUCGCUAAGCAAACUGCGUGAAGGACUCGCGUCCAGCGGCGUGCCGGAGUAUACACACGACAUUCUGCCAGAGCAACUGCAAAAGUUGUCGCCAGCGAUGCGCGCGAAGGUCGCCCCAAUGGUGGUGCCAUCGCCUCCCGCGCCCAUUUCGCUAAAGCUAUCUAGUGACCUAAGCAUAUCACUGAUCUCAGAUGACGACGACUGUGAAAGUGGCGGUAACAAUGGUAGUGGCGAUGGCGGGGGCGGCGGCGGCGGCAGCAGCGGAAGAAGCUCUGAUCUUUUACAUCCUGUGGUAGCCGCAGCCGAAGCACACGCUGCGGCCAAGCUCUUGAAGCAGCAGCAACCACAACUCUCUGUGGUACAGCACCUACAGUAUCCGGGCCACGGCACACCUGUGGCUCUACCUGUGAUGGCACUGGCGGCUACGUCGCCCACCUUGGUGCCAUCUACAAGACGCCGCAAACUAGGUUAAGGUUCAUGGAACGAUCUACGAAGACGCAUCAUUCCCCGACCCAAACACGGACUAAUACAUACAGUACAUAAAGCAUUGUUGAAUGCAUGCCAACAUAACAACAACAACAACAACAAUGUAGAGGUCCAGACUUUUUUAUAGUGCAAAUAUAUACAAAGUAAAUAGAUUUGUAGUUCAUCUGUAUUUUAAUUUCGUCACGUCGUGCGUGCUUCAGUCUGCAGUAUGCAGUCUGUAUUUCUCUCGUGUGUAGAUUUCCAUUCGAUGGUUUCACCUCUCAUAUUUUAAGUCUGUAAUGAUAAUGCAUAACGUACAAAGUUAGCGCAACUAAUACAACAUUUCAAAUAAUGAAAACUAUGAAAAUUACAAAAUGAAAAUCAAAAUACAAAAUGCAAAUAUAUUUAAGCAGAACGAGACAACAUACAUAACAUGAAAGCUAUACUAACUUAUUGUCGGCCGAUAUAUAUGUAUACGACUAUAUAUACGUAUGUACAUGUAUUCUUCUUCUAUACACACAAUUUAUAAAUCGGUAUCUGAAAAGCUUUCGAUUGUUUGGGCAUUUUUUGUACAUAUGUACAUACACAUCAAUUGGAAUUAAUUACACAUUGUUGUCUAUUUAGUAAUGGUAAUAG